AUGGACGACGACGACGACGACGACGACGAUUAUCUGUCGGAUGCGAUCCUAGCGCGGCUAGAGGAUCCGCGGACGUUGACGUAUACUGAGCGCCAGACUAAGCGCCAGGUACAGCAUGUGGCACGGCAGGCGCAAGAGAUGCGCGAUGCCGAGGCACGGCGCCGAGUCAAGGCACGACUUGCCCAUGAGGGCGAGGCAGAUGCACGGAGCCAGGGCCUCUUGACCAACGUGCUCGAGGCGCCGGCCGUGGGCUCGGGCACGUUGGCAGCACAGCGCAUGAUGCAAGCGAUGGGGUACGAUGGAAGUGGCGCCUCGCCGCUGUCGCCCGACCUGCGAUGGCUCGAUUCGCGACGGGGCCUCGGGCCGACGGAUAGAACGCCGCCAGAAGCGCCGCCGUCGGUGGACGCGUUUCGACAAGCGAUGAUGAGCGAUGCCACGCACCGUCACCAGGAGCAUCUGCUUCGAUUAGCACGCAAUGCGUGUCGCAUGCUGGACGAAGAGCACCGCGGAGAGACGUACAGUCCCUACUGGCUCGAUCCGACGUCGUUGCCUACGACGCAUCCCUUGUAUCAGACACGGUGCGUUACGCCUACGGACGAUGCCUGUGACAUGCUAACAGAGGCACUGGAAAGCGCCGAGCGGCAUGACGACGCCUACGCCUUCUGCGCGCUGCCCACCGACGAGCGGCUUCGACGCACCAUACGCUACCUUCGCGAGACGCACCAGUACUGUGUGUACUGUGCGCAGGCGACGCUCGAGACAUGUCCAGGCGAAACAGAGAGCGACCAUGAUGGGUAA